AUGGAUACUAGCAACACUUUAAUUACCACAAAGACCUACGUGCAAAUCUACACCAGGAAACAGGGUCGUAUGGGUGCCGGGAGGAUGUUAGAAGAGACCGGGGCUAAGGCCUUAAAAGGAGAAUGGGAAUACAUAAAAAUGAAGUUAUUCAAGAAAGUGAUGUAUACAAGAAACAUAACUGGAAAGGGAAAAUUGAUUCAAAUAUAUGACCCAAAUGCAAGUAUGGACUCGCCGGCAUACUGGGAAUGGGAAGAAGAGCACAAAGUCAAAACCUCUGAUGUCCCUGCAGGAUACAAAGUUUGUGUGGUUGCAGCUACAGUUAAAUUCACCUAG